AUGUCUGAUUGGGAUAAUGUUACUGUGAUUGGCCAGAAGGCUCGUGUUGGCGGUGGUGGCCCAAGGGAGAGAGUUGCUCGUACCCAGGCUGAGGUGAACGCCGCCAGAAGAAGUGGUGCCGCCAUCAACACGGAAAAGAAGUACGGUUCUACCAACACAAAGUCCAAUCCUGAAGGUCAGAGAUUGACUAAGUUGGAUAACACUGAUGACGUCGUUAGCGUGAAGAAGGUCGAAGCCAGCGUCGGUAAGACCAUUUCCCAGGUUAGACAAGAGAAGAAGCUAACCCAGAAAGAUUUGGCCACCAAGAUCAACGAGAAGCCUCAGGUUAUCAAUGACUACGAGGCUGGCAGAGCUGUUCCAAACCAGCAGGUCUUGGGUAAGAUCGAAAGAGCUUUGGGUGUCAAGUUGAGAGGUAAGAACAUUGGUGAGCCAUUGUUCGGCCCUAAGAAGAAGUAA